AUGAUGGAACUCGACUGCCGGAUUCGGGCCUAUCGCUUCGUAGCUUAUGCGGCGGUCACUUUCUCCGUAAUCGCCGUGCUCUCCAUUAGUGUCUCUUUGCCAAUGGUUUACAACUAUGUUCACCAUGUCAGAAGAAGCAUGCGCAGCGAUUUGAGUGACUGCACGGGAACUGCCAAGUCAUUAUGGAGUCAGGUGAACAACAUAAAAUCCCUGCCUCAUCGCAACCGCACAACUCGGCAAAUGGGCUACGAUGACAUUGCCAUUUCAAGCGGAGGCGGUAUUGCGGGGAGUGGCUGCGACAAUUGCUGCUUACCCGGUCCCCCAGGCCCACCAGGCCCUGUUGGCCAUCCAGGGCGUCCAGGGAAACCUGGUGCCCCUGGUGCACCCGGAAAUCCUGGGCGUCCACCACAGCAACCAUGCGAGCCUAUUACACCUCCACCAUGCAAGCCAUGCCCACGUGGACCUCCUGGACCACCUGGACCUCCAGGGCCACCAGGAGACCAGGGUCAUAUGGGUCCUCCUGGACCAGUUGGUCCAGAUGGUCCAACUGGAGAGCAAGGACCUCCUGGGCCACAGGGUCCCAAUGGAAAACCGGGAGCUUCGGGAGCACCUGGAAAACCUGGAGAAAAUGGCGUCAAAGAGACUAUUCGUCCAGGACCGCCUGGACCUCCUGGACCACCGGGACCACAAGGACCACCAGGAGCAGUGGGACAACCUGGAACUGCUGGUGUGCCAGGACCGCAAGGACCAAAGGGGCCACCAGGAAUGAAUGGCGAAAAAGGCCCUGACGGCUUACCAGGCUCUCCUGGUCAAGCUGGAACCCCUGGUGAACCCGGCGAGCGUGGAGUUUGUCCAAAAUACUGCGCCAUUGAUGGAGGAGUUUUCUUUGAAGAUGGAACAAGGCGUUAA